AUGAUCCACAUACCCGUUGAUGAAGAGUACACAGAGCAAUUGCGUAAGUUUUUGCUCCAUGAAGGUGUCCAUCACCGGCUGCGUGAAGUACUCGUGUCGGAUAUAGCUCGUCCAUCUAGUGUGCCCAUGAUAAUUGACUCUGAUUUGAAUGAUCAUCGAGAGGAGGGGAAGGUGCCUGAUCCGAUCAAUGAGAUAAUAGCUGAUCGUGACAGGUGGAAGGGAGAUUUUGAAACAGAGAGGGAAAAGAAAGAGUCCAUAUCAUCUGAGUUACGCAAGAUCACUGCUGAACGUGACAAACUGCAAGAUGAACUGAAAAAGCUUAAGGCCAAACCUCCGUCAGAAACCCGGAAGAAUGAACAAUGGGCACCACGAUUCAUCAUUCCAGGCAUCGAGUUCUCCCCCGACGGGAAGUGGCUCGCGUCCAGGUCUUACGAUAAGACUAUGAGGAUUCGAGAUGCAGGGACAAGCACCCAGCUGAUCCAGUUUACUACUGCUUAUGCCUAUCUCAGUUCGACGCCAUUUUCGCCCGAUGGCAAGUCCAUUGCAUAUCCCGGUUCCGCCAGCCUCUGGGAUCCAAUGACGGGACGGGAGCGAAUCCGACUUCAAGGAAGUUUAGUGAUGUCUGAGCCAAUUGCCUUCUCUACCAAUGGGAGGCUGGUUGCGUCUGGACAUAGCACCGCAAUCAAUGUCUGGGAUACGUCAACCGGCGCGCAGAGACAGAGGCUAAUCAAACCAGGUUCUGAGAAGAACAUUGAGACGGAUACGAUCAAACAUAUAGCCUUCUCUCCUGAUCCCGAUAGUAAGAUCCUGGCCUCUGCAUCGUGGUGGAAGACAGUAACUCUGUGGAAUACUUCAACAUGGACAGUGCAGAGGAUACUGGACGUCUCAGCAGCCUAUGUCCACCAUGUCGCAUUCUCUCCGGAUAGCAAGCUCCUUGCUACAGCGUCGAUUGACGGUAGGAUCCGACUUUGGGAGGUGGUCACGGGCAGUGAGCGGCCUAGUCUUCAAACCCGUCCAUCCUGUGUGUCAUACUGCGUCGAAUUCUCACCGGACGGUAGGUUCAUCGCGGCCGGAGGUAAUCAUGAGAAGGUCAUGGUAUGGGAUGCAAAAACGGGGGCUCUCAAGCAGGAGCUUGAUGGUCAUCGCCUUGGAGGUAAUGUAUCUUGUCUGGCGUUCUCACGGGAUAGCAAGUCACUAGCCUUUGGGAAUUCGGAUGGCAUGCUGAAAGUUUUCCAGACAAGCUGA